AUGCCUUCCAUUCCCGGAUUAUGGGGAUGGAAAAGAACAGUGGUAGCUUUACCUAUAGCAUGGACAGGUGCUUGGUUAGUCUACUACGCUUAUACCGAUACGAUUCGAAGGAGCCAUAUAAGGGAUAGAAAUAAAGAGCUACAGGAUACAUUGAAAGUUUUACCAGAGGGAUAUUCUUCUUUGGCUCCUACGGAUUUAGAAAAGGAAGCUUUAAAAAGACGCUACGCCAGCCUAAGAUACGCAGGAAGGUAUUGGAACCCAUACAUCGAAUGGCGUGAACAAGGUGCAUGGGAAUGGGCGUUUUGGAAAGUCGUUCUUUCCACUUUAACUCUCAAAUUAUUCUAUAAUGGAGGUGUGCCAUUGGAAAGACCUAUAAAUGAUUUGCCUAUUGAAAAACCAAACUUUGAGCUUUUGUUCGGUCCAUCUGCAUCGAAACAGAGUGGGAGGACUCGGGAAGGAGGUGAGGAUGUGGAUGUUACUGAUAAACUCACUUUGACUUGGCUCGGCCAAUCAACCUCUUAUGUCACCCUCGACAACCUCACCAUCCUGACUGACCCCGCUUUAUCUGAUCGUACCCUUCCAUCCCGUCUAGCCCCCCAACGACUCCGUCCUCCACCAUGUUCCUUAUCCGAUCUCAAGCGGAUCGACGUGGUCCUCGUAUCUCAUAACCAUUUUGAUCACCUAGAUCCUGAGGCAGUCAAAGAACUGGGGGACAGUUGCGAAUGGGUAGUACCUAUUGGAGUGGGGUCGUUCUUGCGGGAGUUAGGAGUCACCAGGGUUACGGAGCUAGAUUGGUGGCAGGAAACACAACAUGUUCUUCGACGACCAGGACAGGUUGAAAAGAGAUAUACUAUCACUGCUGUUCCUCUGAUGCACUGGUCCGCCCGUUCGCCCCUAGAUACGAACGCCACUCUCUGGGCGGGUUUUCACGUCAAAUCUCAUUCUUCUUCUCCUAAAUCCUUCAUCCACCUGGGUGAUACCGGCUUCUCUCCCACUUUGUUCACUGCCGUCGGUCGAGUGUUAGGUCCUAUAGACCUCGCAGCGAUCCCGAUCGGAUCGUAUGAACCCAGAUGGCAUUUACACUUACAACAUACGGAUCCGGAAGGAGCUACCAGGAUGGUCAUGCAGAUGGGUGUGAAGAGAGCUGUGGGGGUACAUUGGGGAACUUGGUUGAUGUCUGAUGAGGCGUAUAAUCAACCUCCGAUUGAUCUUGCUAAAGCUCGUCAAUUAUUAGGUGUAUCAGAAGAAACAUUUAGAGUUCUUCCCGUGGGUCAAACCAUGGUAGUAGAGUAAGACAUAGAUCAUUCUCAUCAUCAUGACAUUAAGUAUCAUUAG